AUGGCAAAAAAGCGUCAUAACUGGAAGUCGAGGCAGGUCGUAGACACAAUAAUAGAUAAUUCCGAAACAAAGCGGAUUGAAGUGAACAUCCAAUCUUCCGAUAAAUAUGACCAAAGCAAUGAGUUUGCUUUACCAUCCAAGAAGCGAAAAACCAAAAUUAAAACCAACAAACCCGCCAUAACAAGAAUACUAUCGAAGAAGCAGAGAAAACGAUUGGAAAAAGUCGUCGAGAAAAAGAAAAAAAAGGAAAAUAGAGCCAACCUAUUAGAGUCCCUUCAGAAGGUCCAGGCAUCCCAGGAAGAACUCUCCCAAUUAACUUCAAUUGCAUCUAUACAAACUAAGGGUUUAAAAAGGCAUUUUCUGGAAGAAACGAAUCCCGAAAAAAUAAAAACCAAAAACAAAACAAAAGUUUCUGACGAUAAGGUAACAGUCAACUCAAUAUCCGGAUCGAAACGGAGGAAAUUAUUACAAAACGAAACUCACCCAGACAACCCAAACGUAGUAGGGUUCGAAAGCGACAGCAGCCAUUCAGACACUAGUAACUCAGAAAACGAAUUGGACAAUGAAAUCGAGCCUAAUAAAGUAGAAAUAGAAAUAGAGGAAAAGGAAACUGCUUGUGAAGAAUUAAACAAUGACAUCACAGUUGUUCCAGAACCCAAGCAAAAACCCAUAGAAAUCAAAGAAGAUGAAUCGAAGAAAGUAUCCUUGCCUAGAAAACCCGCUGUGUAUGUUGACGUAAUCCGUAGUAAAGAAAUACAAAUCGCGAGACUCAAACUUCCCAUACUAGCCGAAGAACAACAAAUCAUGGAAGUCAUUAACGAAAAUUCAAUCAUCGUAUUAGCCGGAGAAACUGGCAGCGGUAAAACCACACAGGUUCCUCAAUUUCUUUACGAGGCGGGGUACGCAUUAAAACACCAGAUUGCUGUAACAGAGCCCAGAAGAGUGGCUGCUAUCUCCAUGUCCCAACGAGUAGCCAAAGAAAUGAACUUGAGCACCAAAGAGGUCAGUUAUCUCAUAAGAUUCGAGGGAAAUGUUACCGAUGACACGAAAAUCAAGUUCAUGACGGACGGAGUGUUGCUGAAGGAGAUCCAAACGGACUUUUUGCUAUCUAAAUAUUCCGUUGUUAUAUUAGAUGAAGCCCACGAAAGAUCGGUUUACACGGAUAUAUUGAUCGGUUUACUGUCUCGAAUCGUUCCUCUGCGAAAUAAAAAAGGCAACCCUUUGAAAUUGGUGAUAAUGUCUGCGACACUUCGAUUAGAGGACUUCACUCAGAAUCUGAGGCUUUUUAAGGCGCCUCCGCCCGUUAUUAAAGUCGAAACCAGGCAGUUUCCCGUGACCAUUCAUUUCAACAAGAGAACCAACGAGAAUUAUCUAAAAGAGGCCUUUAAUAAGAUAGUCAAGAUUAACACGCAGCUACCAGAAGGCGGUGUUUUGGUUUUUGUGACCGGUCAACAAGAAGUAAUUUCUUUGGUGAGAAAAUUACGAAAAGCCUUUCCUUUAAGACACAAGAAGAAUAUAUUGAAGAAAAAUAAAGAUUUGAUACACAAGAAAGAUGAAAACGAAGAAGAUAGUAACGAUGAGGGUAUCGAAAGAGGUUUAAAAAAGGCUUUGACGUCGAAAAAAAAGAUUAAAAUCAUCCCGGAAAUCAAUCUCGACGAUUACAGCAUACCGGGCGAUAGUGGAAUAGCAUCAGACGAGGAUUUAUCAGACAUCGAAGACGAUGAAACAGAUGUCACGACAAUCACCAACGCCCAGCCGUUGUGGACUCUUCCUCUGUAUUCACUUCUACCCUCUUUUAAACAACAAAAAGUCUUCGAAGAUCCACCACCGGGUUGUAGAUUGUGCGUAGUGAGCACUAACGUGGCUGAGACUUCAUUAACCAUACCCAACAUAAAAUACGUCGUCGAUACCGGUAAAACAAAAGUUAAACUUUACGAUAAAGUUACCGGAGUCACUAGUUACGUGGUGAAUUGGACGAGUAAAGCUUCGGCGAAUCAACGAGCCGGUAGAGCCGGAAGAUUAGGCCCAGGCCAUUGCUACAGGUUGUACUCCAGCGCGGUGUUCAACGACGAAUUUCAAGACUAUUCGAUCCCGGAAAUCCGCCAGAAGCCAGUCGACGACCUUUACUUGCAAAUGAAAUGCAUGAACAUAGACAAAAUAGUCAAUUUUCCUUUCCCCACAGCGCCGGAUUUGAUGCAGCUCAAAUCGGCCCAAACGAGGCUCGAAACGCUGGGAGCGCUCAAUAACAAAGGCCAAGUGACGGCUCUAGGCAGGGCCAUAUCCAAAUUUCCAGUUUUACCGAGAUAUGGAAAAAUGCUGGCUCUCAGCCACCAACAGGAUUUGCUGCCUUAUACGAUUUGUAUGAUAGCAGCUCUUUCGGUACAGGAGGUGUUGUUGGAAGUUCCUAUCGGGCAAAUAUCCCUGGAAGAAAGGAAGGAAACUCGCCAGAGGUGGUUUUCUACGAGAUUACAAUGGGCCGGUCGGGGCAACUCGCUCCUUCUAGGCGACAAUAUGGUGUUGCUCAGAGCCGUUGGAGCGGCAGAAUACGCCCACAGCGAAGGUAAAUUGGAGGUAUUUUGCUCGGAGAACGGCCUGAGGCACAAGGCCAUCACCGAAAUCAGAAAGUUGCGAAUACAAUUGACCGGCGAGAUCAAGAAAAACGUGCCGGAUGCCAGCGUGGUCGUAGACCCGAAGCUGAAACCUCCCGAAGAUUUGCAGGCGAAGCUGCUGAGGCAGAUAUUGCUCGCUGGGAUGGGCGAUCAAGUGGCUAAGAAGAUUCAACCGGACGAAGUUAAAGAGGGAGAAGACAAGGCCAAAUUUAAAUACGCCUAUACUGCUAAUAACAUGGAGGAGCCUGUAUUCUUGCACCAAGGAUCGGUGUUGAAGAAAACUUUACCGGAAUACGUCGUGUAUCAGGAAAUAUACGAAACUAACAGAAUGUACAUGAGGGGAGUGACGGCAGUGGAACCGGAAUGGUUAGCUACUUAUGUACCGGGAUUGUGCAAUUUAUCCGAGCCCAUGAUGAGUCCUGAGCCCAGGUACAAUCCUAAUACAGGUAAAGUGCAUUGUACGGUUUCGGGUACAUUUGGGAGCCAAGCUUGGCCUUUGCCCAACAUAGAAAUAGCUUUUCCAGCGUCCGUGGAAAACUACAAAUGGUUUGCCAGGUUUUUAUUAGAAGGUAAAGUGUUUCCUAAAUUGGAAAAAUACGCGAAAAAUUUGCUGAGCCAACCGAAUAUAAUGAUCAAAACCUGGGCUAAACUGCAACCGCGUACGGAGGUAUUGUUGAAGACACUCUUAAGUAAAGAGUGUUGCACAAGGCACAAAUUAGAGGACGUUUGGAAGGAAAAUCCACAAUUUCUGUUGAAAGAAUAUUUGAAGUGGCUUCCGGAGUCCGCACACACGGAAAUCAGCCUGUCGUGGCCCCCUUUUGAUGGUAAAAAGUCAUGA